UAUAAAAGAAAAGUGUAAGUUUUGUGGUAAAAUAAAUAUUAUUUAUUUUGUGACAAGAAUUUGCAGUACAAAAAUCAGAGAAACAGUAACCUGAAGAAUAUUGAGUUGAAUUACGUAAAAGAUAUUACGUCAAAAAAGAAACGAUGUUUAUCACUAUAUUGUUAUUAUCCAUUUUUAUUUUAUUGGUGUAUAAUUAUUACGUGCAUCAUGGAAAAAAGGGCCGAUUGAUUAAUCUUAUACCAGGACCACCGAUUGAUCCAAUUAUAGGCAAUGCAAUUCAAUUCCAUGUUUCUGCAGAGGAUCAAUGGAAGUUGCUUUGUACGAUACCUAGUAUGCCUGAGUAUUAUCCCAUUCUCAAAGUUUGGAUUAUGUUCCAUCCUAUUGUAUCCAUUCGCCAUCCAGAUGAUUUAGAGACGAUAUUAAGUGGUACCAAACACAUGCAGAAAAAUAAUAUUGUUUAUGAGAUAUUACAUCCUUGGCUCGGCACAGGACUUCUUACUAGCACAGGUGCUAAGUGGCAAUCGCGACGAAAGGUAUUGACACCUGCGUUUCAUUUCAAUAUAUUAAAUCAGUUUGUUGAGGUUUUAAUUACGGAGGGCGAAUGCAUGACAAAAUCUUUGAAGGAUGCCGAAGGAACUGUUGUAAAAGAUUUAGUACCAUUUAUUAGUGAAUAUACAUUAAAUGCGAUAUGCGAAACUGCCAUGGGCGUUUCUUUGAAAAAUUUGGGCGAGUUUCAGCAACAGUAUCGAAAAACGAUUCACGAAAUAAUCGAAUUAGUAGUUCAUAGACUGCUGAGACCUUGGAUUCAUAACUUUUGGAUAUUUUCAUUGUCUUUAUCUGGAUUUAAGCAAAGAAGGAUCUUGAAAAUAUUACAUAAAUUUACAGAAAAAAUCAUCUCAGAAAGAAAACUUUAUCACGACCGCACGAAUGAUCGAUUCUUGAAAAAUCUUGAGAAUAUUAAGGCGGAAAUUGAUGAUAUAGAAGUUUUUGGAAAUAAAAAGAAACGACUUGCCAUGUUGGAUCUUUUAAUAUUAGCAUCUCGACAAGGUUCCGUGACCGAUUCUGAUAUCAAAGAAGAAAUUGAUACAUUUAUGUUUGAAGGUCAUGAUACUACAGCAAUGGGUAUAGUCUUUACCUUAUUACUAUUAGCCGAACAUAAAGAUAUCCAGGAACGUGUGAGGGCUGAAGUUGAUACCGUGAUGCAGGAAAACGGAGGAAAACUUACCAUAAAAUCGUUGCAAAAUUUAUUCUAUUUAGACAGAUGUUUAAAGGAGACACUACGUUUGUACCCGAGUGUGUUUUUAAUAUCACGAACAACAACAGAAGAUGUAAAAUUACAUUCAUAUGUUGUGCCUGCCGGAACGAUUUUGCAUCUUAAUAUUUGGGGAGUUCACAGAGAUCCCAAUAUUUGGCCAAAUCCAGAUGUAUUUGAUCCGGAUAGAUUUUUGCCUGAGAAAAUCCAGAAACGUCAUCCUUAUUCUUAUCUACCAUUUAGUGCUGGACCGAGGAAUUGCAUCGGUCAACGAUUCGCCAUGCUGGAGAUGAAGGCUAUGAUAGCUCCUUUGGUGCACAAUUUCUACUUGGAACCAGUAGAUCAUAUAAAAGAUGUCCGGCUGAGAGCUGAUCUAAUAAUUCGUCCUUCUCAUCCGGUUCGUGUAAAAUUCGUUCCAAUCGAAGGCAAAUCAUUUGAAACUAACACAAAUACCAUGUAAAUGUAAGAAAUUGAUGUAUUGUAAAAAUGAAAGAAAAAUCAUUACACAUAUUAUAUGUUCAAUAAAAUAUAUAUUGUAUUUGUAAAUUCAAUCGUGAAAAUAUACAUGUAAGACCAUCCA